UCACUGCCCAAGUAACAUCCAUACUGUUUUCGUGGUCUGAGUCGCAUUACAUACUCACAAAAACAAGAAUUUUUUGCACUUGGCUCUUUGAUCAAUCGAAUAUGAGAUUCCCAGUUGCACUUGCAUACCUCCUCUUCACUGCUUUGCCAAUCAUUCAAGCUAUAAAUCUCUACCCGGAAAUCAGGCAUGAGACUAAGGUUCACUUUUGGGACAAUGGCAAACCAUUCUCCGGAUAUUACAGUCAACCAAUCCGUCACAAGGUGGGGGAAAAAUUUUAUGACACCCGAUGCACUGUGUACGAUGACGGGCAUGUAUAUGCGAACAAUCCAUUCCCCGUUCAAUGUUAUGCCGCAGUCAUUCAAUAUCCUAAAAAACGCACUGCACCACCCAUGCAGGGGAAUAUGAUGCCACUUGGAAAUCAAAACAUGAAGGUUGCGAUCCCGCUAACAUACUUGAAACCAGAAGAGGGAAGCACGGAGAAUCAAUAUUCAAUUGUUUAUUAUUUCCACCCCGAUGAUUAUGAGUUACUCAAAAAAUAGCAAUAGGCUUGAACUUCCCGCCAAGUCAAGAAAAAAAUCAAGUU